AUGGGCGACGCUGCAGAGAAGGCGAGCCCAGAGGAGGAAGAACAGCGGGAGGACGUGGCUAUGGAUGAAUGGGCGAUGGAAGAAAGAGAGCGAGAUGAAGCGAAGGUUUCAGAACAAGAAGAGAACGUGUUGUUGCCGCUACUCAAGUCCAUGUUCCCUCACGUCAAUGACAAGGUGAUCGCCGAGGUGAUGGAGGCGAGUGGAGGCGACGGAGACAUGGCCAUUGACCUUCUCAUGUACACCUUCUCCUUGGCAUCUGCUCUGUAG